AUGUUUCCGAUUGUUGUAGAUGCCCAUUCCAAGUGGCCUGAAGUGUUCAAGAUGAACAAGACUACAUCGACACAUACCAUUGAAGUACUCAGAACUCUAUUUGCAAGAAAUGGUUUACCUGAACAUUUAAUCAGUGAUAAUGGACCACAGUUCAUUGCAGAGGAGUUUCAGCAAUUCAUGAAAUCAAAUGGUAUACGUCAUUCAACCUCAUCCCCUUAUCACCCAAGGACAAACGGCCUUGCUGAGCGAUUUGUGCAGACCUUCAAGAGCGCUAUGAAAUCUGCCAAAUAUGAUGAGGGUUCCAUUCAGAAGAAACUUUGCAAUUUUCUGAUUGCAUAUCGGAGCACUCCACAAUCAACAACUGGAGAAUCUCCGGCACAAAUGUUUUUGGGAAGAAAUCUCACAACUAAGCUGGAUCGUGCUAAGCCCAGUUUGACACGAACCGUGGACCAAAGCCAGGAGAGGAUGCGAAGUAAGAUUACAACCACACCUCGCAAGUUCAACAUCGGCGACCAUGUCUUAGUAAGGGACUACAGGAAGGGAGAUCAUAAAUGGAUAUCCGGCAUAAUACAUCGCAUCACAGGACCGAUUUCCUAUGAAGUUGAAGUAUCCUCAGGAAAUGUAUGGCGGCGUCAUGUUGACCAAAUUUUUAGUUCAGUACAGCAGCCAUUCGCAGAGGCUCAGCUGCAGCUACCGAACAUAGACACUCAUGUAGAUAUUGCGCCUGUUGACCAAAGAAUCGAAACCAGUCCAACUACACCAAGUGAGGUAACUGCAACACCAAACUUACCUGAAACACUUGAUUCUGAACCAGCAGUUGCUCAGGACCCCUUACCAGAUUCGGGAAACAAGUCGAGUACGCCUGUGCGCCGUUAUCCAGUUAGAAACCGGAAACCUGUUGUGAAACUUAAUUUGUGA